AUGCCGCCCCCGUCCAAGCACCCCAAUGCCGAAUGGGCCGGAUGGAUACAAGAAGUGGCGAAUCAAGCGACGGAAAACAAUGCCAAGGUAUCGCAAACGUAUUCCAAGGCCGCUAAAUCAAUCAAGAAUCACCCUAUCAAGCUUCAUCAUCCUAGAGACGCUCUCUCCCUACCCGGUGUUGGUCCCAAGAUAGUUAAGAUUCUCUCCGACCGCCUUGAAACAUGGUGUCAACAGAAUCAGGUUUCGUUUCCACCGCAAGUUCCCACCAACCAGCAUGUUUCGUACAGCGAUGUAUCAUCAGAUGACGCGUCUCGGCCAAAGACUCACACUGCAGACUCAUUUGACGAAGAGGCCCACGUUUUGAAUCCCCGAAGCGUCUCCGUUUGCCAGAAACCCUCAGGCCGCAAUGAGCAUACUACAGCCCCUUCCAAACCGCGAACCAAAAGGGCCUACCAACCAAAACCACGCGACGCAGCAUGGGGCAUCCUUGCAGCCAUGUACACUAUUUGCGAGCCAACCGAUUUAAAAAAGUUUAGUUCUCGUGAGAUGAUUGCUGAGCGCGCAGCGAGAUAUUCGAAUUGCGCUUAUAUUGACUUUAGAGAAGACGCCAGCAAUCGUUAUGGAUCCCAUUGGCAAUCCGGAAUUAAAGCUUUGGUUAAACACCAAUUUGUUCUUACCCACGCCACCCUGCGCCCCACGAAGUAUGCGUUAACUCGUAUUGGUUAUGAGUUUGCGACUGUAAUCGCUGCCCAGGAAGAAAUUCCUUUACUUGAUGUUAACAUGGGACCUGAGACUCUCUGCCAUCAGCAGGGCACAUCAAGUUCCGCGUCGAGAGAGCCGAUUUCCCGUGAAGCUGUAAAGCCUACAGGUAACGCCUAUUCUGACGUGCAAACCGAAGUCGACUCGAAUGCCGAAUCUCUCAUAGGUCACUUCGAAUCUAAAACCAAGGACUCGUUGGAUACCGUCACUGGAUUACCCUUGCCGUUCCGAUUUUCUUACCUCAAUAACGCAAACCGGAGAGUACUCCAAUUGAGCGAAGCCGCAACUCGGCUCAACAGCAAGUCGAAACAAAGCUACUGCAAGGUUGAAUAUCCUUGCACUCAACAACUCCAUCAAUUUCGUCGCAAUCAUAUUCUAGUUGAUGAGAAAGAAUCCUGCAUUUCAUUACCUCGGCAAGAAACCAUGAUCGGGUGGCUCAAGUCGGAAAAAUCCAUACCGACAUGCCCUGGAUUAUGCGCCGCUGGCGCUCCUAGAAAACACGACUUAACCAGAACCGACCGGGCCACAACAGUUAAUUUUCUGUUGAUGUCUGAAAAAAACUCAUCGAAGCCGACAAACAAUAUCUACAGACCUCCGGAAAUAAUGCAAGCUGCCUCUCACUUUGCUGUUGCUUCUGACUCCACCACGCAUCCCGACCCAUGCCCUACCAAAUACCACCCAGGACUUUCUACCCCAAAGGGUUCACCGGCUGCCUCGACUCGUACACAACUUCAUUCCUCUACAGUCCAAUCCAAGCCGGCUCGACCACAAUCUAAUGCAAAUCCAAACGGCUCUAAGCCUCGAGCUUCCUUCGCUUCGGCCGAUCAUGUGCCUCGUUGUGUUCCCAAGCCUCGAGCCUCAAUUGGCACUAUCGGAUCAAUAGCCCAUCAAGUAAAGGCAGAGGUAUGGAAAGCAAGUACUUACUCUGUCAUGCUCGUUAUCGACAAUCGCGAGGUGCAGUCCCAGAAUAACCGCGAUGGGAUUUUUCAAGCAUGCCUCUCGCGAGCUCGUCAAACUAUGGGACAUCAAGCCAAGGUGCAACAACGACCAUUAGCUGUUGGUGAUGCAAUUUGGAUUGCUGUACACAACAACACUGGAAAAGAAGUAGUGCUUGAUAGCGUUGUCGAACGAAAGCGCCUGGAUGAUCUCUGUAAAAGUAUUGUUGAUGCGAGAUUCCAUGAGCAGAAGGCUAGGCUCAAGAACUCGGGCCUGAAGGAUCGCAUCUAUCUGGUUGAAUCGUAUUAUUCACACAAUAACCGUGAUUUAUACGAACAACAGAUACAAACCUCGCAAGUGGAACUAAUGCUUCUGGAUGACUGCCACUUACAAUCAACGGCUGAUUGGAAAGAGUCAGUAGAGUAUCUGGUGAUGCGCACCAACGUCUUGAAUCAAAUUCAUCAGACGAUAGACCUGUCGGUUAUACCGGAUAAGCAUAUUGACCGUAACAGUUACUUAUCAUUCCUCAAAGAGCUACGUCGUAUCCGUCCAGAUGACUAUUGGGUGACAUCUUACAAUGUAUACGAAACUUUGAAUGGGAAGUCUGGAAACUUGACUGUACAAGAAUUGUGGGGCCGAAUGAUUCAUCAAACCAGCGGGAUGAGUAUCGAAAAGGUCGGCGAAUUUGUUACGCGCUGGCCAACCCCACGAUCAUUCACUGAAGAAUUCUAUCAGCAAUACCGCUUGGAGGGUGCAGCAUCUUCAAGACAUGGUGAUGCUGCAACAGACAAUUUAAGCAAAUGGCUCGAGGAUCAAUUUUGUCGCGGUGCAACUCAGCAAAGAAAAAAGCUAGGACCCGCACUCAGUAAAAAAAUAUCAGAAUUGUUUGUUCUUAGCUCUUAUGAAUAA